ACGGAAUGUUAUUAUCGCUGCAGCGCUCCAGCCGGAAACCGUACAAGCAUGUCGCUGAUUUCAGUCAGUUAGCAGGAUUAUUGAAUACCUUUUCUCUAUAUUUUGUAUUUAUCAGUUUAUAUUGCGGAGGAAAUCUCUGUGUGACCGCUCAUGGCUGCUCGGACAGUCUGUCAGAUGCUUCAGCGCCGUCUGGCGUCAAGCGCAGCGGCUGCACGUCUGUCGUCUGCAGAACUGCGCAGUCAUCGCAGCGCCUUGUUCUCUAAAGAGCAAGAGCGUCAGAGAUCUCUGUUUCCGCGCACAGAGAAGAUCGAGGUGACCCUACGGGGGCCCGGCCUACAGGGGACCCUGCUGGUCAUGAACCGAGGCGUGUCGACGCCACACAGCUGCACGCGCCAUCUGACGGAGUGGCAUGUUAAGAGUUCUGCUCUGGCUCUGGUUGACGGGCAGCCGUGGCACAUGCACCAACCUUUGACCCGCUCCUGUGACCUCACCCUCCUCACCUUUAAAGAUGAAGACCCUCAGAUAGUCAAUCAGGCGUACUGGCGCUCCUGUGCGGCUCUUCUGGGUCAUGUGCUCGACGGAGCGUUUAAGGACGAGUUCAGCGUCGAGCUGCUGAAGAUUCCAGAAGUACCAGUGACCGCCGGUGCAUUCUGUUGUGAUCUGGUUCUGGACUCUCGUUUAGACUCCUGGACGCCCACAGAGGAGAGCCUGCGCAGUUUCACCCGUGACGCGCUGCAGCUCGUCCAUAAAGAUCUGCCGUGGGAACCGCUGGACGUUUCGCCGUCUGUGGCGCUGGAGAUCUUCUCUCACAGCAGGUGUAAACAGGAGGAAGUUGAAGAGAGAGCAGCUCAAAGUCAGAAUAGGACGGUGUCGUUAUACAGGUGUGGCGAUCAUGUGACGCUGAGCGGAGGCCCUCUAGUGUCCCGCACGGGUCUGUGCUCGCAGUAUGAGGUCACGUCCAUCCAUACGGUGGGAGAGAGCGCAUGGGGCGUCCGGCGCAGGGCUCAGGGUCUCUCGCUGCCAGUGAAUCUGACCGCUAAUCACACAGUGUGGAGGAAGCUGCGGAAAAGAGCAGAAAGACUAGUGGAGAUUCCCUCAUCCUCCACAGUGACUCCUCCUCUCAUAGCCGAAGCCCCGCCCACUGCCCCACCCCCUCCGCAGUAAUCACACCUCCUCUCCCAGCGUUCAGUGUUUGCAUUAUGUUGUUCAAUAAACGUAGAAAAUACA